AUGUCAAUGCUCAUGUCACUACCAAACUCCGCGGCAGCUCCUCCUCGCAGAUGCUACUCGGGUACCAGUAGUGCAUAUGCUAACCCUGAUGAGGACUGGACCAAGAUCUCUAACACUACUGAGCGCCGGCGGAUACAGAACCGCAUUGCUCAGCGUAACUACCGCAAGAAGCUCAAGCGACGCCUCGAGGACCUUCAGCGCCGUGCUAGCUCUGCUGACCCUUCCGGGCCUAAUAAGCAGGCCCAGGAGACCACCGAGUCAAAGCGAUCCUUCGAGUCCCAGAAGUCGCAGCCCGCUAACUCCGCCAAGCCAGUCAUCUCUCAGAGCCAGUUCAUGCCUCCUAGGGAUCCGACUGACAAUCUAUUCUUCACCGGAAGCCCCGACGACCAGUCUCGCUCAUACAGCGUUUCCCAGUUCACAUACUCAACAAAUCCGGUUACUGAUCACAACUUUAUCACUCCCUUCGAUUCCCCUCAGACCUAUGCAGCUAUAGCUACUACCGACGCCCAGCCUAAUUACCUAAAUACUUCCGUCACGCCUAUAAUACCUUCUCCCAGAAUGCUAUUUAGCAAUAUGACUGAGCAGGAGCCAUACACCAGCGACACUGAACUGACCCCUUAUACGACUUAUGGCUAUAUGUCGCCUAUGGACUUCAACGCUCCAAGCCCCUACGACCAGUCUAACCCUCAUGUGAGUUGUGCCACUCAACGCCUCGCAGGGUAA